GCUUUGAAGACCCCAGACACUACUCACCAAGGUAGAAUGUAGAGCAUUGUCUUUAUAAGCUGUGUCAUGCCAGUUGUUUUGCUCACUUCUUAACUGGGUUCAUCUUUUUCUUACUGAUUUGUAGGCAUUCUUUAUAUAUUCUGGAUUUUCCCUUCGUUUAUUGUAUAUUUUUUAUGCCAGUGUUUUAAGGUUUAAUGUAGUAAAAUUUACCAGUCUUUUCAUUGUGGUUAGUGUUUUUGUGUCUUAUUAAACAAACAAACAAAACGUCAACCUGUCCUGAAGUCAUAAAGAUAUUUUUAAUAUUUUCUUCUAAAAGUUUUGCCUUUUUCACCUUCCAGGUGACUUCUUUUGCAUUUUCUGUGGUGAAAUACUGUAGCUUCAAACUUCCUUUUGUGGGUUCUUUCAUAUGUUUCAGUGUCCAAAUUGUGCAAGCCCUCUCCUGAAACUUAUAAAGUAUAAUAUCCAACAGUUAAAAUUUUACAAUUAAAAUUUUUUUAUAAUUGAUCACCUCUACUGCUGACUGUUUAAAAAAAAUAAAUAAAUACAGAUGAUACAAUUUUUAAACUGUAUUUUUUGCAGAUAAAUAAUAGCUUGUUAAAUUUGCAAGAUGGUGUUAUUCCUUUCCUUCUCUGUUUUUCUCUAAUGGAAGUUAUUUAUGUAUUUAUAUUUUCAGUCACAUUAACCUUGCUCUAGAAGACAACUUUAAAAAUGAUCUAGACAGAACAGGAUUAAAGAUGACUGAUUACUGAGCACCAGAAAUUUAAAAUAAUCAGCUUAGGAAAUCAUAUACUCUUGAGUGGAGCUGAGAAUUGAUCAGUCUGCUCUUCACAGUGAUUUGGAACUUUCCAGACACAGGGAAAAGUUGGCUAAGGUCUAAUACGUGUUUUUCCCUAUCCAUAGGAAGUCAACUCUGAAAUAGACAUUUUCUGUUCAUUCCUUUUAAAUUUAAGAACCUACAAUUAUCCUGGGGUUACUUUCCCAGACCUCUGCAGGAGGAUUCCCAUAAGUGACUGUACUGUAGUUCCAGAUCAGUUAAAACACCUUUGGCUUUUGUAGCUGUUAACUCCCAUGCCUAAAGCUUCAUUCCCUCAUUUUCCCUUCUCCAUACCUGUUUUCUCUGUUAACUAAAAGUGAAGUGAUUUUAAUGUGCCUAGUUUAAUCUGACAUAUGGGAUCCUGAUUUUACCACAUACUUUUCCUCAGGGUCUGCACAGGACUGAGUCCAUAUGGAAGAAGAACUUCCUCUUUUCUGUGGAGAAAGUGGCAAGGUUAGAAAAAAUCAUGAGCAUGUAUUUUCUGUUGCAUGAGACAUACUUCAUCAAACAUCUAGUGGUCACCUGACAGGAAGAUGAAUGAGAUAAUAUAUAUCUUUGAGGGGCCUACAGUGCAGUAACUAAGAAGCCAGCAGAUAAUUAUUCCAGUACAGGCUACUCUGUCAUCUUUGAAGAUGGUAGAUGUGGGAAAGUGGCCAAUUUUUUCCCUUUGUUCUGAGGAAGAACUGCAGUUAAUUCGCCAGGCUUGUGUCUUUGGCAAUGCUGGCAAUGAAGUUUUAUACACUACAGUAAAUGAUGAGAUUUUUGUGCUUGGCACAAACUCCUGCGGCUGUCUGGGGUUAGGGGACGUCCAGAGCACCCUUGAACCUCGGAGACUGGAUUCGUUAAGUGGCAAAAAAAUAGCCUGCCUCAGCUACGGGAGUGGCCCACAUAUCGUCCUUGCCACGACAGAAGGAGAAGUCUUUGCCUGGGGUCACAAUGCUUACAGCCAGCUGGGCAAUGGGACAACUAACCAUGGCUUAGUGCCCUGUCACAUCUCUACUAACUUGUCAAACAAACAAGUCAUUGAAGUUGCCUGUGGAUCGUACCAUUCUCUGGUGCUAACAUCUGAUGGAGAGGUGUUUGCCUGGGGUUACAAUAACUCUGGACAGGUAGGAUCUGGAUCCACAGCGAAUCAGCCAAUCCCUCGAAGAGUCACCGGCUGCUUACAGAACAAAGUAGUUGUGAACAUAGCAUGUGGGCAGAUGUGCUCAAUGGCAGUAGUGGACGCUGGGGAGGUCUGUGUCUGGGGUUACAAUGGAAAUGGGCAGCUUGGACUUGGCAGCAGUGGCAACCAGCCAACGCCCUGUAGAAUAGCAGCUUUGCAAGGCAUUCGUGUCCAGCGGGUUGCCUGUGGCUACGCACACACCUUAGUGCUAACAGAUGAAGGCCAAGUGUACGCUUGGGGCGCUAAUUCUUACGGCCAGUUGGGUACUGGCAAUAAAAGUAACCAGUCCUACCCUACCCCUGUCAUGGUGGAAAAGGACAGAAUUCUCGAGAUUGCAGCCUGUCACUCUGCCCACACCUCUGCUGCCAAGACCCAGGGCGGAAACGUGUACAUGUGGGGCCAGUGUCGCGGCCAGUCGGUCACUCUGCCUCACCUCACCCGCUUCUCCUGCACCGACGAUGUCUUUGCCUGCUUUGCCACUCCCCCCGUCACGUGGCGCCUCCUGUCCGUGGAACCAGAUGGGCACCUCACAGUGGCUGAGUCACUGAAAAGGGAAUUUGACAACCCCGACACUGCAGACAUGAAAUUUUUAGUAGAUGGAAAGUAUAUUUAUGCACACAAAGUCCUUCUCAAAAUUAGGUGUGAACAUUUUCGUUCUUCGUUGGCAAACAAUGAGGAUGAGAUUGUAGAAAUGAGUGAAUUUUCAUACCCUGUUUACCGAGCCUUCCUGGAGUACCUGUACACAGAUAGCAUCAACCUCUCUCCGGAGGAGGCCAUAGGAUUGCUAGAUUUGGCUACAUUUUAUAGAGAAAAUCGUUUGAAAAAGCUCUGCCAACAAACCAUCAAGCAAGGAAUCUGUGAGGAGAAUGCCAUUGCCCUGCUCUCUGCGGCUGUGAAAUAUGACGCUCAGGAUUUAGAAGAAUUCUGCUUCAGAUUUUGCAUAAACCAUUUGACUGUAGUAACACAAACUUCAGGCUUUGCAGAAAUGGACCAUGACCUUCUGAAGAACUUUAUCAGUAAAGCAAGCCGAGUUGGAGCUUUUAAAAAUUGAUCCCCAUCCGCAGGAAAGGAAAGAAUCUGUGAGCCUUUCCAUUUUCCCCACAAAAGCCAGAGAAGAGUACCUUCUCUUUAAUGACUGUUACUUCUGAUAAACUUGGUAAGCUACGUUUAGCUGAAUACUUACGUCCGGUCAAAGGAAGGACAGUGGUCAGUCUUCUCCAUCUGCCGGAAAUCCAAGUUUACACAGAAAGUAUUAAAGGCUCUGAUGAGAUGUGACUAAGCUCAAGGGAAAGGACUUUAAAAUGUCUUAAACUAUAUUCACCAUUUCCUCUUUUGAGUCACUUAAGUCGGACACCACUGUUACAUUGGUCUCAACUUACGCUAUUCUGGCCAAAUGUCCCGUUAUUCAUGUGGCUGGCGUCACGUGAGUGCUCACAGGGAGCACUGUCAGCCCCCGGCACAGUGCCCUGCAUGUACUAGGCACUCGAUUAAUUUAUUACCAGUCUUAAGUAUGCCCUCACAACAGCUUUAACUGUGGGAUACCCAUGAAGGAAUAACUUACACAAAAUAAAUUAACAGUCUGUAAUUAUUGAUGUUCCGAUUCAUCUGGUACAGCGUUCUGAGAAAGAGUGGCUAAUUUGGAGCAUUAAUUAGCAUGCACAAAAGGCCCAAGGGCUAAUUUUAACUUUCUGUUUCCUCCAAGUCAUUAAUUUCUCAAAUAGGAUUAUUGAAUAUGAAGUACUGUCUCUGGAUGAAUGUUAUUUCUGGGCUCAUCUGCCUUACAUAAUUGCAUAAUGCCCUUUGUUUUUCUCUGUGUUAAGAGGGAUUUGCAUCUGUAAGUUAGAAUGAUUAUAUGAGUUUCUGGUAGUUGACUUUUGUGUCAGCAUAAAACAGGUCUCUUAACCUGGCACCCAGUAUAAUUAUAAAGUACUAGCAUUGACAAGAAUGAGAUGAAUUUAUACUUUUUAGAUCAAAACAAGUUAUCCAGCUGCAAAAGAGAAGCUGCAAUGGCAUUGUAGUGUCAGAUUCUUCUAACGUGUCUCAUGGUAUGACACUGUGUAAAGAAAAACCUUUUGGAGUUAGAAAUCUUGUUCUCAUGCUGAACUAUUUGAUAAUAAAAUGCUUAUUUGCAGAUUAUACAACAAAUGUGUUUUUUUUUAUCCCUAAGAAGCAGCAAAAUUAUAAAAUAAUCCCAUGUCUCUUAGAUAUAUAUAAGUUCGAUAUAUGAUAAGCUUGUUUUUAAAGCACUUAGAUAAGGUCUCAGCACAUCCCACCCUAAAACAUGAAUGGCUUAUAAACAACUUAAUUACUCUUCGUAUUAUUGCCCUUCAUUGCUUUUUAUUGGUAAGGUCACUUUUUUUUUUAAACUUCCCCUUUCUCUCCUGUCCCCCAGCUCCUGGUAACCACAAAUCUUUUUUUCACGUUAUUUUAUUGUGGGCUAGGUAAAAGUGUAUAGUGCAAAUUAGUUUCUCAUUCAAAAAGUUAUAUACAAAUUGUUUUGUGACAUUGGUUGCAAUCCCCACAAUGUGUCAGCGCUCUUUCCCCUUCCACCCCAGGUUCCUCGUGUCCAUUCGUCCAGUUUUCCUGUCCCUUCCUGCCUUCUCAUCGUUGCUUUUGGUCAGGUGUUGCCCAUUUGCUGUCAUAUACUUGAUUUAACUAAGUAGCACGUUCCUCACGUGUGUUAUUGUUUGUUUUAUAGGCUUGUCUAACCUUUGGCUGAAAGGUGGACUUUGGGAGUAGGUUCAGUUCUGAGUUAGCAGGGUGUCCGGGGGCCAU